ACCAGUUUCCCGGAAGAGGCUCCCAGCAAAGCAGUAGCCUUCCAAAACUCACGAGGCGUUUGCAGUCUGGGAGGGACAGUCACAGAAAGAAAGAAAAAGUUCCUGUUGUUGCAAGUUUUAGGUUUCUUUUGCCUCCGCGCUUUACAGAUUUUGGCGCAGUUGCUGUCUGGUCGGAUGCUGCAAUACUAGUAUUGGUUAAUAGCAAAAUACCCUGAACCUGCUCUGCUAGCCGACCAGACUUGUUUCCAACAUUGGGCGAAAAUGACUUCUGGCAGAACUGGCUUGCGUCUGGCUGCUUGUUUGCUAAACAUUUCAGAAGGAAGAAGAAAGGACAUUGUUGAGAAAGUAGCAAGAGCUGCGGUUUGUGAGGAUAAUGGCCAGGAGCAUCUCCCAGCAACUGUGCUUAAUAUAUUUUCUGACUAUGACUAUAACAGGUCCGUCAUAACUAUUGCAGCUCCAGUUGACAGACUGGGCAGGUCUGUCGUUGCUGCCUGUGUGGAGGCUUUUGCUUCAAUAGAUAUGGCGGAACAUUCUGGAAUCCACCCUUGCCUUGGCGCAGUAGACCUGGUGCCCAUUUACCCGUUGUCGGGUGUCGAUGUGGAAGAGUGCGGAACAGUGGCUCGAAAUAUAGCAGAGACCCUGGUCUGCCGUGUUCCUGGAUGCAGCAUAUUUCUUUUUGGGCAAGCUCAUCUCCCAGAGAAGCAAAGUCUGGUUCAAAGAAGAAAACAACUGGGAUGGUUUAACCGCAGAGCUUUUAAUGCAGUCACUGUUAUCCCUGAUAUAGGACUGUCGCCUACCUUAAGACAUGGUUUAACAGGGGUUGGGGCCAGCCCUUACGUGAUGAAUUGCAACGUGACAGUCGACACACAAGACUUGACUACGGCCAAGGCGAUCGCAGGCUCCGUCCGGGGCAGUAGUGCCGGAGGCCUGAAGGGCGUGCAGUCGAUGGCUUUCCCACACAACGGGCAAAUCGAAAUAGCGUGCAACGUGGAAAGCUUUGACGACCAUGACACCAGCUGGGCCACUGGCGACAAAUCGGGAUAUGUUUCCUACAGCAUUCUCGGGAGAACGUAUCACUACGUGUCGCCUUGGCUGAUCGAGGCGUCCAUUAAGAAGUCAGCCAGGGACCGUGGCGUAAGCACUGUUGGGAGAGCACUGGUUGGGUUUACACCAGAGGAAUGCGCACGUUGCGCUGCCUACGCAUUGACAAGCAGUGUCCAUGAAUUCUGGAGGAUGCGGGGCGGCGUUUUCAUGUGAUAGCCUUGCUGUUUGCUGGCUUUAAAUCGGGGUGGAGAACCUCAGAUCUGGGAGUCACACCCUCUCCCCAGACAGAUUCUUGCCCCACUUAGUGAUCCUCAAAUGUUUUUGCCUGGCUGGAGCACAUCAUUGAACUCUGACCCUGCCUCUGGCUUGACUGUAGGGAGGAAGGAAAGGGUUGUGUCAGAUUGUGUGGGAAUUAGCCUACUGUACAAAGGUAAAAAGGGACGCGGGUGGCGCUGUGGGUUAAACCACAGAGCCUAGGACUUGCUGAUCAGAAGGUCGGCGGUU